AUGAGGACUAUUUCCUGUCAGUUGACCCUCGUGGCUGUCGUGGUGGUUACACUCACUGUGGUGUCCUGUGCUGAAGCCAAGACUACACAGAAACCAAAAUACCAAUACACCAAGAAGCCCAUCCCUCAGAUCACCGUUCACAGUCCUGUGACCACCAGCAUGCCCAAGACUCAAAAAAUUGGGCCAAGUGCAAAACCUGAGGAGCCCCAUCCGCUGCCCCCCACAGAGAAAACCACCUAUCCCAGCCACGUCUUUCCAAACUACUACACACAGAGCACUGAGGCCCCUGGUGUUGGCCCUGAGAACUACACCCUGGAUUACAAUGAGUGUUACUUCAAUUUCUGUGAGUGCUGUCCACCUGAGAGAGGCCCCAGGGGACCAAAGGGAGACAGAGGACUGGAAGGGCCACCAGGUGAUAGAGGCCUUACAGGAGCAGCUGGUUUACCAGGACCUCCAGGAGUGAGUGGGCCUAUGGGGUUGAAAGGAGACAAAGGUGAUGCAGGUUCAAAAGGUGAAAAAGGUGAAAUAGGGUUGCCAGGUGUCAAAGGUAGUAGUGGUGAGAAGGGGGAACCUGGCCUCAAUGGAACUGCUGGUGAGAAAGGAGAACCAGGAAAAGAGGGACCGGUUGGACCUCCAGGAGUGGCCGUUGAAUCAGGCCCCAAGGGAGAAAAAGGGGAUAAAGGGGAGUGUGGAACAUUCGGGGAGAGAGGACAGAAAGGUGAGCGAGGGGAUCCUGGACCUCCUGGCAUCCCAGGAGUGAUGGGCAUUCCAGGAAUGAACGGAAAGCACGGUUCCCCAGGUCCUGUAGGUGUCAGAGGGGAUCCAGGGCCUCCUGGAUCACAAGGAGAACCAGGAGUUAGAGGAUCUCAGGGACCACAAGGCAUAAGAGGGAUGAUGGGCCCAAAAGGGGAAAGAGGUUACCCUGGAAUGAGAGGGGAGCGGGGUUUUCGUGGAUUCAAAGGAGCUAAGGGAUCAGGAGUUCCCCAGAAACGUUCUGCCUUCAGUGUAGGAAUUUCUCCAAGAAAAUCCUUCCCUCCCUCUGGCUUCCCGAUACGUUUCGACAAGGUCUUCUACAACGAAGAGAAUCACUUCAACUUCACUUCCAACAGCUUCACAUGCGUCCAUGCUGGGGUUUACGUCUUCUCCUUCCACAUCACUGUACGCAAUCAGCCACUGCGAGCCACACUUGUGGUGAACGGGUCACGGCGUGUAAGGACAAGGGACUCUCUGUACGGUCAAGACAUCGACCAGGCGUCCACUCUGGUUGUGCUGAGGCUGGCGGUGGGUGAUCAAGUGUGGAUGGAGACUUUUAGAGACUGGAAUGGGGCAUAUGCCAGCAGUGAGGAUGACAGUAUCUUUUCUGGAUUCCUGCUUUAUUCAGACAAAAUCUGAUACCCUACUGAAAAUAUCUUUUUCUACUGGACUAUUUCAACUUUCCUAUAAAGGCCAAAUACUGGUGGUGCUACACUAUCACUUAUG